UUUCAAUUCACCACGGAAAUCGUACAAAAACAGUCGAAGGCCAUUGCUGCGACCAGUUCGCUUCUCAGUGUCUGCACCAGAAUAAGCUCGUGACCCCUUACGUCAACGGGGUGAUCUCUCGACCAUGCCCACUCAACCACCCCUCCCACCCCUCCUUGCGCCCUAUGUAUCGUCUCUGCCGCAAUCGUCUCUCACAGUCCUAUCCUCCGUACUAGGUGCAACGGGGAAUUGGCUAGUGUUGCGCUUCCUCUAUGCGGCUCUAAGCGCAUCUUCAAAUUCCGAAACAGCGUUUGGACUGAAUGGAGGCGACAGGGUGAAGAAUAGAAGAGUCGUGCUUGUGAGUUUUCUGCGGGGCUGGGAAUUUUGGAGAUCCGAAGCGAAAAGACUGGGCUUGGACCUUGCACGUCUCACAGACAAGCGCCAAUUCGCAUUCGUCGAUGGACUAUCUGAACUAUUCUACAAUACUACAACUGCUACAGCAACUCCCCAACAAUCAUUCCCUGGUACUGCCGCUCUCCGAACAGUCCUUCCCGUACGAUCCCAGCCGAGCCCUGUACCAGCGCGGGCCCCGCAAUCUGUCCCGCGGCCGAGCAAUGUCAGUACAAACCCAGCUUCAAGGGAAAUCGGACCAGUCAAACGACUGCAUUUAUCGGGAAAUGGCACCGCAGCUCUCGACGCCCUCGAAAGGGACAUCGCUACAGUGAUCCAACAAUUGAAGGCUCCUACACCCGGUGAGGCAGAGGAACCCGAGGUUCUAUUGAUCGUCGAUCAACCAGAUUUGCUACUUGCGGCUACGGGUCCAAAUAAAGGUAUUGGGGCUACGGAGAUGGGUGACUGGGUUAUGGGAUUACAACAAAAUACCCAUGCAACGAUCUUGACGCUCUCCUCUGAUUUACCACUGAUACAUAAUGCAUCUGCCUCGGCUCCCCACCCGGCAACACCGCUGGAAACAGAGCAUGCAGCGUUCGCUAUAGGGUCUGCCCACAGGGCCCAGAUGGUUAUGCAACUCCGUAACCUGGAGACCGGUGCUGCUAGGGAUGUAAGCGGUGUGCUAAGGGUCAGCAAAGGAGGUGCGUGGGGACAAAAUGAGGUGGGUACGGAGGGUAACUGGGAGGAGAGAGAAGUCUUAUACUUCGUACAGAGGGAUGGCGGCGUCAGUGUGUUUGGCAGAGGGGAAUAGACUGGAUAGAGAGUGUCCAUAUAUCCAAUAUUGGCGUUAAGGCGCAUGGAGAUAGAAAGGGCCUUGCAAUAUGACAUUGCCGCAAUCUCAUGACCCAACUUAAGUGAUUCGGCUGGGACCGAUCUAUAGAGCAAGAGAAAAGCUCUUACGCUGCGGGAA